AGGUGCUGGAGAAAUGUGUUACGGAAAUGAGCUAGAGGAAUUGUGUUGCAAUGCGCCUUGCCUUAACCCUUGAAAAAGAACACUCGCGCAGUCUGGUCAACAAUGAUGUGUGGCAUGACAGAAACAGUCCCCCUUUUCAUAUUGUUCAUCCAGUGAUUGGCCAACCAUCCCUUCCAUCAAUGAAUAUGAACGAGCUAUUCCAAGUUGUGUGUACAAAAAAUACGUCACCUUUACUCGUAGCCAAUUGCAGCCCUGUUUUAUUAUGACACCCUGGGAUUCCGCGAAUUUGUUUCUUGGAGUUGGGAACAGCUUCAUACUGUAAAAUAGGACAAGUUGACGCAUUUGCGGGGAGAGAAAGAAGACAGCAGAACCUACAACACUAUUCCAGGACCGUAUUUAUUAUUUACAGGCUACAGAGCAGUAAAUCAAACAUCAAGAUAAUUAUCUAGUUAGUAGCCUAGUUACCAAAGAGCGUUUAUUUGAUCCGUUUCUGUAAAAUAGUAUUAUUUUGAGACACAAAGACGACACAUGUGAAACUGAAAACCACAUGUUUCCUAAAAUCCCUGUGGUGUGAAGAUAACCCACCUGAUAAAUUACAAGGAGAGUCCAUUUAUCAAAGGCGAAAAUAUCAGCAUCCGUUUAAGGGAACAUAUUUUUGUCACCGGUUAAAUAAAUAAAGGCUUCGGCAAUGUCGGAGGUUGAUCUCGCUGCUGAGUGUUUAGUCUCCAUCGCUAACCGCCGGCCACCGGAGGACCGCUGUCCCGAUGCCAAACCGAAAGAAGACAUGUCGAAAGAGAACCAAGAAAACAGGACUUUGUUAAUGGUGGCGAUGAUUUUGCUCGACCUGAACAAAUGUAACCAGAUAACACGCAGUGAGACAUGUGGUGGGGGUAGUAGAUGUCUGGGCCAAAGUGAUGCCAACAGCAUGGUUAACGGAUCCCUGUGCGGUCACAGGGUGAGCGGGGACACUGCAAGGGCGCAACAUACCUCGACAGAAAAGAAGUCACGGAACAAGAAGGCUGUGAUUGUGCAUGUGUCCUCAGAGAAGAGACAUUGUUGCCCGUUCAGCGGCUGUGGGAAGAUGUAUGGCAAGUCUUCCCACCUUAAAGCCCACCUUAGAGUGCACACUGGUGAGAGGCCAUUCCAGUGUACCUGGCCAGACUGCACUAAGAGGUUUUCGCGUUCAGACGAGUUGACACGCCACUACCGAACACAUACAGGGGAGAAGCGCUUCACCUGCCCGCUAUGUGACAAGUGUUUCAUGAGGAGUGAUCAUCUGACCAAACACGCCCGCCGCCACGCAGGCUUUCACCCCAGCAUGCUUCAGGGCCCCACAGUCAGAAGAAGCCGCUCCUCCGCCUCCUUCUCCUCCUGCGACUCUGGAGACCAGAGCCCUACUGAGGUGUGAGACACACACACGCACAACCAAAAUACACUACAGGGAGGUGAAAGUAGGCUAGUUACUUUAUUUACCCAAUAAACAAACACACUUUUUUGGGGGGCAAAAUGUUAUGAAAAUGUUUUAUCUACUGUGGGCCCAGUGCCCUAUUGAACAGUGCCCUGUUUGUUUUGUUUGGUAAUAACUGGUCUCUAGGGACCUCUAGUGGUGUGAGCAAUAUAAUCACUGGAAUGAGAAAAGCGGUAUAAAUCGUAGAACCAUUCACCUUUUCGCUUAAUAUUUAAUUUACUCGUUCUACAAGGAAUACUGUACAUCAAGUAGCAAUGUAAUAAUAUAUGUGAAGUAUGUCAUAUUUUUUUAUUUUGACAUUUAUUUUGUUUUUACACUACCAGACAAUGAGAGGCCUUAUGUAUUAAAGUGCUCCAUGAUGUAAUGGUAUAAAUCACCUUGGUAGUUGUGUGUGUGUGUGCUAGUAGUUGAUAAUGAAUUGCCUAAAUUAUGGUUAUGUUAUAACACAAAGCAGUGCAGUGAAAUUUGUGUUCCAAGUCACAGACGGGUUACUCGUACAACUGAGAUAGGUGUCAAAUUGCCAACUGAAACUAUCCAAAUAGAAUGUAAAGUUGUGUGUUGCAGCUUAGAUUACUAUUACAACAUUUGCAGUAUUGCAACAUUUUUUGAACUUUGUACAUUAUUUUUGUAUUUGUAUAGGGGAUUGUGUAAUACUUUGUGCCUUUCAGAUUGAAUUCAUGCUCACUCAGCAUUCUUGGACGUUUUGAAGUUGUUCUAAUUUUCUGAAAGUCUGAAGCUCCAUCUGUCAACCUGUGGAUAACUAAUUUAUGAUAGUAUUGCUCACUGUAAAUACCUGUGUAGUUAAUUAUGUCAGAUAUUUUUAACAUUAAAACAAUUCUUUGUACAUCA